UUUCUCUCCUCAAAGGUCAACCAGAAGAUGGGUCUCCUCACCUACUUCAGCCUUUGCCUUCUUGGCAUCUUCUUUGCUGGUCCUUUCCUGCAAGUGGAGGCCGACACCUGUGCCAGGGAGUGGCUGCAAAAUCAAGGCAACUGUUAUGCAUAUUUUGACAAAAAGUUGACCUGGCAAGAAGCUGAGAUUGAGUGCCAGAGCUAUGGCCGUGGGGCCCAUCUUGCCUCCAUCCUUACCAGAGCAGAGACCCUCCUGGUGGCUGAGCACAUCUCCACUUACCAACAAGAACUCAGUGAUGUCUGGAUUGGACUCCACGAUGUCCGUCAGACCAGGAAGUGGAGAUGGGCUGAUGAAUCCACUUACAACUACAAAUCCUGGAUGAGGAACCAGCCAGACAACUAUGGUAACAAUGAGCACUGUGUGGAGCUGCGACAAUCCACAGGCUUCCAACUAUGGAACGACAUUCAGUGCAGCAAACACAAUGCCUACAUCUGCAAACAUGAACUCUAAAGAUGCCUGAAGCUUCUCCCUGUGCUUCCCAAGAUGCUAACAUGAUGGGCUGCCUUCCCACUAAUCUCAUUAUCUCCUCACAUCAUGCAGAGAUAAAGUUCUCUUCCAUCCUCUUCAAGAGAUCAACUCAUAAGAAUUGCCUCAU